CGCAUUCCUACUCCCCUCUUCUCUUAGGCCCAUCAUGUCUCCGCUCCUGGUGAUACCAGGUUCACCACGCUUCAAACGGGAAUGGCAGCGCCCAAUCUGCCGAUACCUUCGCAGUUUACACCAACCAACCUGGGGCUUCACCAUCUUCCGCACCGUUUAUACACCACAAUCAGAUGCCCAGUUUCCUUUGUUUCUAGCGAAAGUUGAUGCUUAUGUCGAAUCUUCUAUUGAUUAUGAGCUCAGUCCAAGGAAUUUUGGGGUCCCUAGUCCUGAACCACCCUUUGACUCGGGUCCGAAUGAAGAGAUGAAGAGACGAUACGCAAACGAUGUUAUAGAGAGCCCUGGCUUAGACGGUGCAAGUAUAGAUGACGUUAGAGCUGCAUUCACAAAAUGGUUAAAAGAUAAUGGGGUCGAUCUCGAAUUUCACCAACUCUAUGCUCGACAUCGAGUGUGUAUCAUGGUCGAUGAGGCUGUUCUGAAUUCUGUAGCAGCGGGACCAGAAGAUCCAAAUCAAAGCUAUGGACUUGAAUCUGUGUGGGUCAGGGUAGUCGAGUACUUAGCACCAGGGGAACAAGAGUGGCAAGGCUGGUUGAAAGUCGGAUUAGACGCUCUAUAUUUUCUCUGGUUUGAGGUUUUUGCAGGUGAAGAGGUCGAAAGCAUGUUCGAGGUUAUGACGGCAGAGGGGGAGGAUGUAUUCACUGGCUGA